CCGAUCGAUCGAUCAUCAUCGUCGUCGCGGCGGCUUUAUCCAGCCGGCUCUACCGUCUCCGCCUCACAAGUUCGUCCAUCCACAAAAACAAAUACCACCGCACUACUCUGCCGAGCACGAUCACAAAAAGAAUUCGUUGCCACCGCGAAAAUCGUGGACCUCAAUCCCACAGUCCCAUCUUCGCGCCUCCCCUUUGACUCAGCAGACGGCGACACCAGCCGCCGACGUGUCCCCGCCGGCGCGUGGAGCUCGUACCCAUCCAUCCAUCCACGUGUUCCAGGGGGAGGGAACCCAUCCUCCUCCUCCUCCACACCCGUUUCCCUCGCGCCCCCGACUCCGCCCGCCUGUACGAUACGACUCCGGCUCUCGGCCGGGCGGCUAUAAAUCGCCCGCCUUUUCCCACCCAAGCUCCGCUCCAUUUCCCCCUCGUUUUUAAUCCGAUUCGCCCCCCAAUCCGGCAACCCAGCCCAUCUGUUCUGUUCCCACUAACGAGAAGCUAAAUAAAUCCGUCAAUCCGGCGGAAGAGAGGCAGAGAGAGCAGACCGAUCGCGGCGGCGGCGAGCGGCGAGGAGGGAGAGGGAAGAGGGGAAGCAAUGCCUUACUGCGAGGUGGAUCGGUACCAGAACGGCGACAAGUGGGAGGGCGUCCGUCUUUUCUACCGCCGCUACGGCCGCGGCGCCACCAAGGUGCUCCUCAUCAUCGGGUUGGCGGGGACGCACGACUCAUGGGGCCCGCAGAUAAGGGGGCUGACCGGGUCCAUGGAGCCGGCCGACGGCGGCGACCAGCCCGCCGCGCGGACGGACGAGGAGGCCGGCGCACCCGCCGACCCCGCCGCCGCGCCGGCGACGGAGACGGUCGAGGAGGACGUCGGCGAGGGCAUCGAGGUCUGCUGCUUCGACAACCGCGGCGUCGGCCGCAGCUCCAUCCUCCCGCACAAAUCCUACUACUCGACGGCGAUCAUGGCGAGGGACGCGCUGGCCUUGAUGGACCAUCUGGGGUGGAAGAAGGCCCAUGUCUUUGGCCACUCCAUGGGUGCCAUGAUUUCCUGCAAACUGGCGGCGAUGGCGCCUCACCGGCUGUCCUCGCUGGCAUUGCUGAACGUCACCGGCGGUGGGAUGGAGUGUUUCCCCAAGGUAGAUGGACAGAUGCUCUCCCUCGCGUUCCGGUUCUUAAGGGCCAGAACUCCAGAGCAAAGAGCUCUAGUCGAUUUGGAAACCCACUAUACGAAGGAGUACCUUGAUGAGGAAGUUGAAUCCUGCACAAGGAGAGCGAUCCUGUAUAAGGAAUAUGUGAAAGGCAUAUCAUCUACAGGGAUGCAAUCUAAUUGCGGGUUUGAAGGUCAAAUUAACGCAUGCUGGACUCACAAAGUGACAACUAAAGAGCUAGAUACGAUUCGUGCUGCCGGUUUUCUAGUUUCAGUUAUUCACGGAAGGCAUGAUAUUAUUGCGCAAGUAUGUCAUGCAAGGCGGCUUGCACAAAGACUUCUUCCUGUUGCUAGAAUGGUAGAUCUUCAUGGUGCACAUCUAGUCAGCCAUGAAAGACCAGAAGAGGUCAACAAUGCGCUAAUGGAUCUGAUAAAGGCCACCAAGUCCGCAGUGACGCCUUACGAGUGGUCGUCCCAGCCAGAAAACACAUCAGAAACCGGGGCACUUAUUUCUGCAAGGCCUGUAACCUUCACGAUACGAACAGGCGAAGCUGGCAGCGCUGCUGUAGCAGUGUAUAACCUACUUGCAAAGUUGCAACUAAGCUUUCUUUAUGUCAUAGGCCUGAUAGUGAUGGGGUUUGAGCAUAUGAGGAACAUUGUAAGAGUAAUGAAGCCCGUGAGGGUCGCAGCGAUCGAGUCAUAAGACACAGUGGACAUGUAAAUUAUCCCCGAAACCUGCGAGGAGAUCAUAUUUCAUGUCUCCUCCAUAUACCUCGGAGAUGAGAUGAAUUUAGAGUAGCAUCUCCGAAAGAAUUGAACCUAUUUUUCCUCCUCCCUUGAGAAAGCUCUCUGCUCUCGGGCGGAAGAAUACGAGACAAAUAAAGAGAGGAGCUAUACCUGCAUUAUGCACCUGGACAGAAGCUGUCACAGGGCGUGAUUGAGAUGUGCUUGGUGUGUUAUUUAGCUCGGAGAGAGCAAAUGGAUGUACCUUGUAUGAUGAGUGUAAUUAAGCUGUCGGCUGUAACCAUAUAUGCACGGCCGCAUGUUGCGCUGGUGGCUGGUGCUGCCACCCACCGUUCUUCUGUACCAUCCUGUGAUUACUUCCAUCUGGGAAUAAAUCUACUCGAUCUUCA